AUCACUCAUCUGAGUGGAGUAGGUACUAGGUACAGACGACAGCCGAGUGCCGGAUAUUAAAGUUCGAACUUAUAUCUUAGACUAGAAGUGGAUUUUCUUCGUUUUAAUACAGGUAUCAUGUUUACUGGUAAAGUAGUUCUUGUCACCGGCGCAAGUUCAGGUAUAGGCGCAGAAACUGCUAUAGAAUUUUCUAAGCUCGGAGCUGGUGUGGUGAUAACAGGAAGAAAAAAUGACUUAUUAAAUAAUGUCGCAAAGCAAUGUGAGGAAAUUUCACCGACAAAAUUAAAACCUCUGCCAAUAAUUGCUGAUAUGAAUAACGAAAAUGACAUAGAAAAUAUUGUAAAAGCUACUAUCGAUCAUUUUAAGAAGCUGGAUGUAUUAGUUAAUAAUGCCGGUGUUUUAGAAUCUGGGACAAUAGAAACUACUUCUUUAGAACAGUACGAUAGAGUUAUGAACGUCAAUGUUCGUGGUCCUUAUUAUUUAACUAUGUUAACUGUGCCACAUCUAAUUGAAAGUAAAGGCUGUAUUGUAAAUGUUUCUAGUGUUACUGGUAUGAGGUCUUUUCCUAAUGUUCUUGCGUAUUGCAUGUCUAAAUCGGCCUUGGACCAGUUUACUAGAUGCGUAGCCCUUGAAUUGGCGGCCAAAGGAGUUCGUGUUAAUGCUGUCAAUCCUGGAGUAAUAGCAACUGGUUUGCAUAAAAAAGGCGGAAUGGAUGAAGCUCAAUAUGAAGCAUUUUUGAAAAAAUGUGCUGAAACCCAUGCCAUAGGAAGGCCUGGUUAUGCGCAUGAAGUGUCAUCUGUCAUUGUAUUUUUGGCAAGCGACGGUGCCAGCAAUAUUACUGGCGCUACAUUACCUGUCGACGGCGGUCGUCAUGCAAUGUGUCCACGUUAAAUAAAUAUACGUACCAUAAAAACUACGUAGGUAUUUUUGAUAUUGCUAAAUUUUUAUAUAUAUUAAAUUACAUUAAAAUUUUUGUUAAAUAAAAACUUAAAUAGAUAUAUUUAUUUUUAAUUCGUCUAUAUAAUUAGAAAACAUUUUUCCUUCCGAUAUUUCUUACUUGGAAUUUCAAUAUUUUUAAUAUAAAAUAAGAAUCGAGCUUUCGAUCCACCAUCGUACAGGUCCCAAUUUUAUUCAUUGAAUACUACAGUUAGUUAUCACUUAUAUUAAUUCUUGAAGCCAGGAGAUCCUUUAAAUAAAAAUUGCAUUAUGUAAGUAGGUAUAGCUUUAGUUAAGGUUCUCCCAGUACUCUCUUUGGUUACUUAUAAAAAAUCAGAGAUUGUGAAGUUAGUGGGUCGCCAUAUUUAUGUAGAAACUAGCUGCCCGGACAAACUUUAUUCUGUCACUAGUUAAUAGUAAAAAUUAAAUUUGUCCACGCAA